CAACUCGUAUCGCAUUCACCAUUACUGCGCCAACAGCAAGAAAUAAAUGACUUGACUCAGUAUUCGCGUGAUUCAUCAGUAAACUGGCCAAAGGUGUCUGGAAUUGCGGGAGUAGCUGACUCGGAAUAA